AUGUACAAAACAGCAUCAAAGUCCCAGCGUCCUCCAAGAACCAAACACUGGCGAUCCUGCAACAACCUGGACUCCCCGCAGCAGGUAGACGACUGGCGCAGAACCGGAGCACGAAUUCCCCUGACCGGAGCAAAGGAAAUCAACAGAACGUCCAGAACACGGGACCGUAGGACGCGCUGGGAACAUCAGAAUUACGGACUCUUGAACACACACGUCAGCAGGCACCCCAACAGGCAUAACCACAUUCCUGUGGCUCCCGAGGGAAGGCGCUGGAUUUGGGCACCAAUGCGCACAUGUCACGGUCUGAUCCUGGACAUCAGCGGCCCCGAGCCACAUGCUCAGUCCGGUACUGGAACGUCUCCCCCGGCGGCAGCACUCCGUCACACCAGUCCUUUACAGUCACCCCAGCCGAGAAGAGCCCAGGCCACACCAUCACUCCAGUCCCACAUCAACACAAAAAUAUGGCGACACCAUAAUGGCGACUGGCACCGUCAGGUCAGACUCACCCACCAAAAAAGUACAAAAAGCAAGGCACAAAUGUUCGUCACCGCCGCCACCACCUACAUCGACUCAGGUGGCGACGGCGGCACCGCUGCCACCAAUGUAGCGUACCAAACGGGAGAAGGAUGA